AUGCCAGCUACCCUCAUCCUGCUCCUCUCCCUCUCUGUGGUGGGCACAGGGGCACGUGAACACUCUUCUGUCCUCACUGUGCCCAACGGAAGCCACUGGGGCAAAUGGGGCAGGAGUCAAUUUUGCCGCUAUGGCUCUGCUGAUGGAUUUGCACUGAAGGUGGAGCCCUCCCAGUUUGGAAGAGAUGACACAGCUCUGAAUGGCCUACGUCUGCAUUGCCAGGAUGACUCAGUCAUUGAGUCCUUGGUGGGCAAGUGGGGUACCUGGACCAGCUUCCAGGUUUGUCCCAGAGGCUACCUGAUCUCCUUCUCUCUGAGAACAGAGAUGUCCCAAGGAGGAGGUGAUGACACAGCUGCCAACAACAUACAGUUCAGAUGCUCAGAUGAAACUGUGCUAGUGGGUGAUGGACUAUCAUGGGGUAGUUUUGGCCCAUGGAGCAACAGCUGCAACAUAUGUGGUCUCCAGACCAAGGUAGAGCCCCCACAGGGGCUUUGGGAUGACACAGCACUCAACAAUGUGAAGUUCUUCUGCUGUAAAUGA